AUGGAUGAAAUUUCAUCGGGCCUAGACACAUCAACGACAUUUCAGAUAGUCAAGUGUUUGCAACAGAUAGCACAUUUUACAGAAUCCACCAUUUUGAUGUCUCUCCUACAACCUUCUCCUGAGACUUUUAAUCUAUUUGAUGAUAUAAUUCUCUUAUCACAAGGCCAAAUUGUAUAUCAAGGCCCAAGAGAGCAUAUUGUCGAGUUUUUUCAAAGCUUAGGAUUCACAUGUCCAGAAAGAAAGGGAAUUGCCGAUUUCUUACAAGAGGUAAUAUCUAAGAAGGAUCAAGAACAAUAUUGGGCCAAUAAAGGGAAACCAUAUACCUACGUUUCAGUCUCUCAAUUCACCGAGCAUUUCAAGCAAUUUCAUGUUGGACAAACGCUCCAAAACGAUCUACUCAUGCCAUAUGAAAAAUCCCGGAAUCAAAAAGGAGCUCUAGUCUUCAAAAAGUACUUAGUCCCUAAAAAGGACCUCUUUAAGGCCUCUUUCGACAAAGAAAAGUUAUUGAUUAAAAGAACUGCAGUCGUGUAUAUAGCCAAGACUCUCCAAAUUAGCUUUGUGGCAAUUAUUGGAGCAACAAUGUUCUUGAGGACUAGAAUGCAUUCUAGAAAUGAAGAAGAUGGAGCCCUUUAUGUAGGAGCUCUUUUGUUUGCAUUGAUUACUAAUAUGUUUAAUGGUUUUCCUGAGCUUCCACUCACUAUAGAGAGACUUCCGGUGUUAUAUAAGCAUAGAGAGCUCUUUUUUCAUCCAACUUGGGCGUUUACAGUUCCAACUAUCUUGCUACGUGUGCCAAUCUCAUUGGUGGAGUCUACAGUUUGGACAAUAUUGACGUAUUAUACCAUUGGAUUUGCCCCUGAAGCUAGUAGGUUUUUCAAGCACUUCCUGUUGACCUUUUUGAUUCAGCAAAUGGCUUCAGGAAUAUUCAGACUCAUUGCUGCAGUUUGUAGAACAAUGACCAUAGCCAACACUGCUGGAACUCUCAUUCUAGAAGCAACUUUCCUUUUAGGUGGUAUUGUCCUUCCUAAAGGUCGAAUUCCCGACUGGUGGCAAUGGGCGUAUUGGGUUUCACCAUUAAGCUACGGUUUUAAUGCUUUAACUACAAAUGAAAUGUUUUCUCCAAGGUGGAUGAAUAAAUUGGGCUCUGACAAUUCUACAAAAUUGGGGGUAGUGGUUUUACAAAACUUUGGAGUAAACCCUAAUCAAAACUGGUUUUGGAUAGGAGCAGUUGCCCUUCUCGGUUUAGCUAUCCUUUUCAACAUUCUCUACACUUUAGCUCUCGUGUAUUUACCUCCUCCCGGAAAGCCACAAGCAAAUAUACUUCAAGAAGAGAAAAUAUCUACAUCGGUUUCGGUUGCAAAGACCUCAAGAGAAUCGGUGAUUCAGAAAAACCAAAAUAUAAAUGAAGAUUCAAGUCUUGAAGCGGCAGAUGCUAUGGCUCCCAAAAGAGGAAUGGUUCUUCCAUUUGCUCCACUUUCCAUGUCUUUUGAUAACAUAAGUUAUUAUGUGGAUAUGCCCCUCGCGAUGAAAGAACAAGGUGUUACAGACAACAAGCUCCAAUUACUUAGGGAAGUAUGUGGGGCCUUUCGGCCUGGAAUCCUAACAGCAUUAAUGGGAGUUAGUGGAGCAGGAAAGACAACUUUAAUGGAUGUCUUAGCAGGAAGAAAGACAGGUGGAUACAUAGAAGGUGAUAUCAGAAUCUCGGGAUUCCCUAAAGUUCAAGAAACUUUCACUAGGAUUUCGGGAUAUUGUGAACAAAAUGACAUUCAUUCACCACAAGUCACUGUCUAUGAAUCUUUGAUUUUUUCGGCUUUCCUUAGACUCCCCAAAGAUAUCAAUAAAGAAGAAAAAAUGCUUUUUGUGGAUGAAGUGAUGGAACUCGUUGAACUAGACAAUCUUAAGGACAUGAUUGUAGGGAUUCCUGGAGUUACAGGUUUAUCAACCCAACAAAGAAAAAGAUUGACAAUUGCAGUAGAGCUUGUUGCUAAUCCUUCAAUCAUAUUUAUGGAUGAACCAACAACUGGGCUCGAUGCAAGAGCAGCAGCAAUUGUUAUGAGAACAGUGAGAAAUACAGUGAACACGGGAAGAACCGUUGUCUGUACUAUUCAUCAGCCUGGUGUUGAUAUUUUUGAAGCUUUUGAUGAGUUGUUACUGAUGAAAACUGGAGGAGAAGUAAUUUAUGCGGGAGAGUUGGGUCUAAAAUCUGAGAAACUUGUUGAGUAUCUUGAGGGAAUUCCCGGGAUACCAAAAAUAGUAGAUGAUCAAAAUCCAGCAACAUGGAUGUUGGAAGUCACCUCAUCUGCAACAGAAUCACGACUCGGGAUUGAUUUCGUACAGCACUACAAGUCAUCAAGCGUUUAUCAAAGAAAUAAUGUUCUUGUGGAAGAAUUAAGAAUACCUCCUUCAGGAGCAAAAGAACUUUUUUUCUCCACAAAAUAUUCUGAGUCCAUGUGGGGACAAUUCAAGACUUGUAUAGAAAAACAAUGGAGGAGUUAUUGGAGAACCCCUGAUUAUAACCUUGUUAGAUUCUGCUUCACCCUUAUCACUGCACUCUUGAUCGGGUCAAUUUUUUGGAAAGUUGGUACCAAAAGGGAUAGCAGCACUGACCUGACAAUGAUUUUUGGGGGUCUGUAUGGUGCUGUUUUGUUUGCGGGAAUUAACAAUGGAAACACAGUACUGCCGAUAGUAGCCUUUGAACGAACAAUAUUUUAUCGAGAAAGAGCUGCUGGGAUGUAUUCAUCCUUACCGUAUGCCAUGGCACAGGUAAUUGUGGAAAUACCUUACGUGUUCUUUCAGACGGCAUAUUAUACUGUUAUUGUGUAUGCUAUGGUGAGCUUCGAAUGGACAAUAGCUAAAUACUUAUGGUUCUUCUUCAUACACUUUUUUACCUUUCUCUACUUCACAUACCUCGGGCUAAUGACUGUUUCACUCACUCCUAAUGAUCAACUCGCAUCCAUCCUCACAUCUGCUUUCUAUUCACUCUUUAAUCUCUUCUCGGGCUUCUUCAUCCCUAGACCGAAAAUUCCAAAAGUGGUGGGUAUGGUGUUAUUGGAUUUGCCCACUAGCAUGGACCUUUCAAGGAUUGAUUGCUUCACAAUAUGGUUAAAAGGUAGAUCAACUAAGCGACCAUGUCUUCCAUUUUUUUCACCGGCGACACUUCAGUCCGCCCUCUGCUUCUCGGUUUUAGCCAACGACUCCCAACCCACCGCACAGCCUUCUUCGCGCCCAAGGCCUGAAACCGUCAUCCGUCGUUCGCCCAACCGCAACGCCGGCGGAUGUGACUAUGGUGUUAUGAAUUUAUGA